AUGGUAGAUGAAACUCUAGUCAAAGAAGAAAUUGUAGAUACUGUGGAUGAUAGUAGAGAUGAUGGACUGGAUUCUGGAAUGGAUUAUGGAGCAAUUUUUUGGGGGGGUCCCUCAGGGAUGAAAGGGUGGUUGACGGGAAGUGAUCUCAGCGGAGGGUUCUCAUCGAUGGAUGGCUACGGAGGGGAGGGGAGUCGACAGGAUAUGCGGCCGCCCCUCCCCGCACAACAGCCUCAGGGACACCAGCUGGUGGGUGACUUCGUGGACAGUUUUGGUGGACAGCUGAACUUCAGGACUCCCAACACACCCAAGAAGAUCCACCAGUGCCCUGUAUGCCCGUACACCACACCCAAUCGCUCCCACUGGAUUGUUCACUGCCGAACACACACUGGUGAAAAGCCAUAUUCAUGCUCAUACUGUCCAUAUGAGGCAGUUGCCAAGAGUGACUUGAAGAGGCAUAUUAGAAUUCACACUGGAGAGAAACCAUUCUCUUGUCCUCACUGCCCAUAUCAGACUGCUGUCAGUGCAAGCCUCAAGAGACACAUUCUUACCCACCUACAAGAAAAUAGUCUAGUGACAAUGAGGCUGGAGGCAUCGAGAAGACACUCAUGGCAAGGUGUUAGAACAGAGGGUAUGCCCCUUUCCAGUGCUACUGCCACCAUCACCACCACCUCUGUGGCUGGAACUUCCAUCAAGAUCCACCAGUGCCCAUACUGUGCCUACACAACCUCCAUCAUCUCCAACCUGAAGAAGCAUGCACGCAUCCAUACUGGAGAGAAACCUUUUGCCUGUCCCCACUGCCCAUUUCGUGCAACCCAAAUGGAAAACCUCAGGAAACAUGUCCGCACCCACACUGGCGAGAAACCCUACACAUGCCAGCAGUGCAUGUACCGCACCACAAAGAAGAGCUGUUUAAUGAGACAUAUCAUGACUGUGCACAACGUUUGAAGAUGUUAGCAAGAUGUGAGGACCUAGGAUCCAGUGAGGGCAUCAGUAGGAAGCAUAUGUGGAGGAAUAUCAGUAACAGCAAUAGUUAUCCAUCAGGCACCAAGAUCCACCAAUGCCUCUACUGUUCCUACACCAGUA